AUGGCUACAUUACCACCCAGACGAAAUCCUACACCAACAAAAAUAUCCAAACAACACUUAACACCCUUGCAAAUAUUAUUGCAAAUGGGAUUUCCUAAACACAGAGCAGAGAAGGCUUUGGCAGCUACCGGUAAUAGAGGUGUCCAGUUAGCUUCAGAUUGGCUUUUGGCACAUGUUAAUGAUCCUUCGUUGGAUGAAAAUGUGCCUAGGGAAUAUAUUUUAUAUGCUUGCCCUACUGGGUCUUUUCUACAUCAAUUACAAGAAUUCUGGAAGAAAUCGAAGGAACUUUGUGGGUGGAAUGGAGCACAUAAUUUUACACCACAUAUUACAUUAGUUUCUUUCUUCAAGGCUCCAGAUGAAUGUGCCCCACAAUUAUCAAGAGCUUUAAAACAAGUCGUAGAGUUGGCCGGUGCCAAAUUGAAUCGUCCAUUACAAUUAGAACCGUACACAAGUCCCAAUUUUAUGGGGUUUUUUGUAUCAGAAGAAGAUGCCGAUCAUCUUAAGAGAAUUGCUUUGCAAUAUGUUAAAGAAGUAUCUAAUUCAAUAAUUAGUGAUACUUAUGAACAACUGGAUGCUUUAGCCGCUUGUUUUCCCUGGUGCGGAGGUGCUCCUGGUGCUCGAUGUAUUCCUAGAGGAAGCAGAUCGAUUUCUUUGGAGCCUCAUGUUAAAUCUUUGCAUUUGACUUUGGCUUACCAAUUUCCAAGUUCGCAAUAUGGUGCAUUAAAAGCUCUCGUCGAAGAACUACAGCCGCCACAAGCUGCUUCUUGGGAGCUCAGAUUAUAUUCGAGAGAUCCUAGAUUAGUUUCUAAACAGGUGCAUAAAGUUUUACAUCCACAUAACCCGAGGGAACCAGAUGAAUUGGAGUUGAGGAUCGGCGAUUACAUAUAUUUAAGCGGCGACGCCGUUGCUAAUACUCCUGAUGGUUGGGUCGAAGGUCUUUCGUGGUUAACAGGUACAACAGGGUAUCUCCCUGAAAGUUACACCGAGCGAACGGCGGAAUCCGAUUCUUGGACAAUGCAUCGCAUGGUGGAAUUAUGUGAUAAUUCAUCAAACGAUAUACAAGAAUCGUUUGAUGAAGUAGACUGUCCUUCCUCCAGAAACGAUACAGCUUCGCCUACCCAUAAAACUAAAUCUACGGAUACAAACGAUGACGGUCAACAUCAAAACGAUUUGCAUUAUGAAGAUUCUCUUAACAAGAAUAAUAACACAUCAGAUUCGGAUUCUCAUAAUAGUGGCGAUGCUUCCACUGUGAGGGAUGUGAGUUGCAAAAGUGUUCGAAAAGUAUUUAUAAUGAGGCAUGGGGAAAGGAUUGAUUUCACUUUUGGGAAGUGGAUACCGUAUUGCUUUGAUGAACAUGAUAACUAUUCGAGGAGGGAUUUGAAUAUGCCGCUUACGUUACCUAAGAGGAAAAUGGGUUCUAAAGGAUAUGCUCACGAUUCUCCUCUCACGCGAGUCGGUAUCUUUCAAGCCACUUCAACAGGGGAAGCACUAAAAAAAGAAAAUAUUGAAAUCAGCCAUGUGUAUUGUUCACCGUCCUAUCGAUGUGUACAAACUUGUUCCGCGGUUUUGGAAGGCUUAGGUAUAAAAUCCACAAAGAAAAUAAACAUUGAACCAGGAUUAUUUGAAUGGCUAACAUGGUACCCUGAUGGAUGCCCGGAUUGGAUAACAGAACAAGAAUUAGUUACUGCUGGAUAUAAUAUUAAUACUGAAUACAUUCCUAUAAUAAGCUCUAGUUUGUAUCGAACUGCUGGCUAUCAAGAAUCAUGUGAAGAUUUCUUUAAUAGAAGCAGUAAAGUGGCGAAAUCUGUGAUCUAUAAUACAGCUAAUACCGGUGGGCACGUUCUACUUGUUGGACAUGCUUCAUCUCUUGAUGUUUGUAGCAGGCAGCUAAUCGGAAAAGAUAUAAGGCCUGCUAAAGAUAUGAGAAAACUGCUACCUCAAGUGCCCUAUUGUAGUCUUGUGACGCUUGAAUAUGAGGUGGAAAAAGAACAUUGGGAACUUAAAGAAGCACCGACGAUGCCUAUUUCACAUUCCAAUAAUGCUAGAUUCGAUUGGAAAGCUUUAAUAUAAUAAACAGGCGUUGUAGUGUAGUAAUGAAAGUUUUUACUUCAUAUCAGUCACUUUGAUCUAUAUGGAUCAAACAGUUUUUUAAAUAUUUAUAUCCAACAUUUAUGUGUUUAUAUAAACUUGU